GCUAUUCUCAUAGAAAUAGAAUUGGUUUCAUGACGUCAUUAGCGUGUUUUGCGACUGGUCGGUGGGCAAGAUGGCGGGCUCCAAGGUGAAGCAGGACAUGCCUCCCCCGGGAGGCUAUGCCGCCUUCGACUACAAGCGAAAUCUACCCAAAAGAGGACUAUCGGGUUAUAGCAUGUUCGGCAUUGGGAUCGGCAUCAUGGUGUUUGGCUAUUGGAGACUUUUCAAGUGGAACAGAGAGAGGAGGCGCCUGCAUAUCGAGGACUUGGAAGCCAGGAUAGCGAUGAUGCCGCUCAUGCAGGCGGAACUAGACCGCAGAAACCUACGGCUGUUGAGGGAAAAUUUGGAAGAGGAAGCCAUUAUCAUGAAGGAUGUUCCAGGGUGGAAGGUUGGCGAGAGCAUGUUUCACACAGAUCGCUGGGUAACUCCUCUGACCGAGGAGCUUUACAACCUCAGACCUCGUGAAGAGCUUUUACACAAGCGCUUUGGCUUUUUGUGGUACGUUUAAAGACGGACAAGCAUCCCAACUUCACGGAUCGAAGCCUCAGCUUCACCUACUUUGUAAAUGUACAAUAUUAAAGAUGUUUUUUUCUGUACCUCUAAA